GUAGAACAAAAUAGGUUAAUUAACUGUAGUUGAAGUGCGCAUACAAAAAAUAUAGUUGAGAAAAAAGAAAAUUGUAAUGGAGACAGAGCAAGAAGUAAUAUUAGAACCUGUAAGUCCAACAGGACAAUAUUUAAGCAACUCAGUUCUAUCACUUUGUAUUAUUAGUGUUGUUGAAUCACAAGUUCCAAUAGAUGACUCACAAGCUAUGUCCUUGCUCAAAGAUGUCUUCCUCCCUAUCAACCCACGUUUCUCUUCUGUUAUGGUAAUGAACAAAGAUGGAGAAAAGAGAUGGAAGAAAGUAGAAGUGCAGCUUAAAGACCAUAUAAAAGUGCCCAUUUUCCCUACUGGAAUGUCGACAAAAUUUUACAGUGACUGCCUUGAUGAUUAUUUAUCAAAUUUAGCAAUGGAAACAUUGCCCCAAGAUCAACCCUUAUGGGAAAUUCACAUAUUAAAAUACCCAACUAGUACAGAAGUAGCUGGUAAUGUAAUCUUUAAGCUUCAUCACUCUCUUGGAGAUGGCUUCUCUUUAAUGGGAGCUCUUCUUUCUUGCUUACAAAGAGCUGACGAUCCUUCAAUUCCCUUGACUUUUCCUUCUGUUCAAUUGCACACUAAUAUUGAAAGCAAGAAGAAAAGUAUAUGCAAGAGUUGGCUUAGAAUUUUUUCUUCAAUAUCGAAUACCAUAUCAGAUUUUUGUUCAAGUGUUGUGAUUAGUAGUUUUCUUAAAGAUGAUAUAUCGCCGAUACGAUCAGGGCAUCCUGGAGUGGAGUUUUUGCCCGUUAGCGCAGUGACAAUGUCUUUCUCUCUUGAUCAAAUCAAACAAAUCAGGACCAAACUUGGAGUGACAAUAAAUGAUGUGAUUUCCGGAACAAUUUUCUUGGGAACUCGAAUGUACAUGGAAGCAAUGAGUAAAGGAUCAGGAAAAGCCCGAACCACAGCAUUAGUUUUGCUAAAUACAAGAAUGUUUGGAGGUUACAAGUCAGUUCAAGAAAUGACUAAACCUAAUGCAGAGCUGCCAUGGGGCAACCAUUUUGCCUUCUUGUCUGUAUCAAUUCCGAAAUUGAGUGGUUCAGAACCCAAAGACCCUCUCCAGUUCGUUUGGAAAGCAAGAAAAAUCAUCCAGAGAAAAAGAGCCUCUUUUGCUGUUUAUCUCACUGCAAAAUACCUUCAACUUGUAAACAAAUUCAGAGGCCCAGAGGCGGUAUCGAAGUAUCUUCGUAACACGUUGAAGAACUCAAGUACGGGACUUACAAAUUUAAUAGGGCCAAUGGAACAGAUGGCUUUAGCUAAUCACCCAAUUAAAGGCUUCUACUUUGUGGUUACUAAUGCACCUCAGAGUCUGAUGGCAGGAAUAGUAAGUUACAUGGGAAAGCUUAGAGUUGCUGCUUUAGUAGAAAAGGACUUCAUUGAUCAACAAAAGUACAAGUCUUGUAUAGAAAAUGCAUUUGAGAUGAUAUUCAAAGCUGCAUGUGAAGCUCCUGCACCGCAAAAUUAAUGACACAAGCUGCUAGACGCCUCAUUACAAUUUAA